AUGGCGGUAGGAGUGGAUGCUGCCAGGCUAACCAGAGCAGACGAUGUCUUCACCGAGCAUCAGCUCCAGUAUAUCUUCGGCGUCAAGUCUCCUACGAGUAGCGGGAGGAACGCCCUUGGAUUACGGCGUACGUCGGGAAGACCGCCGCAUGUUGCCAUGUCGAACGGCCCGGUGAGUCCGGCGGGUGGUUCCGUCAGACAGAGAGUCUGGCCUCCACCGGCCGAAAAUCCUGAGCCUGACAAGGCUGCGUCAACACCGAGACCCAAGCCGCUAAGAAAGACGUCGUUCCCACAGUUUGAAUCGCCACAGAGCCCCGACAGUGUUUCUUCGCCGCAGGCAAAGUCAUCCCCAAACACACCGACUCUGUCGUCACCACAAGCCGAGCCGUCCCGGACACCUAUCGUCAUCUCGUCACCUGUGUCGGACCCACCGCGCGUUCCCCUCAUCAUCUCCUCCCCGCUGUCUGAUCCACCUCCGAGCCUGCCUUCCACCGAGCCGCCUCACAGCCCGGAGAUACCCUCAUCCCCUCAGUCCUCACCUCGCAGCCCAAUCAUCAUCUCUUCCCCCAUCUCUGAGCCGACAAGAAGCCCUCUCAUCAUCUCCUCCCCGCUGUCGGAGACAUCCCGAAGCCAGCCUUCCUCCGAGCCGACCACCCCGGUGAUCCUGUCUUCCCCUCAGUCGGAGCCCAGAAGUCCGGUCAUCAUCACCUCGAAGACGGCAGAAUCACCGCGAAGCCCGAUCAUCAUCUCGUCCCCACUCCCCAAGUCCCCGGUAAGCCCUCUUGUCAUCUCGUCCCCGCAGUCACAACUUCCCAUCAUCGUGUCGAAGAAGGACACCCCGGCGGCACCCCAGCAGCAGGCCCCGGCAGGUGAGCAGGCGGCCUCCCCUAGCCCCGGCCCCGACUCUACCCUCACCAAACGGAACUCUGUAAUUCUCAUGCGGGGAGGAGAGACUGAGGAGACCAAGGGACCUUCCUUAAAGGAACGGAUAAGUGCUCUGUACGGAUCGUCUUAG